AUGAAGUUUUACCUCACGGAUGGGUUUGGAGAAAGUGAGGAAGGUGGACAACUGCCUAACAAGGAGUGUUUUAUUGUUGAUCGAGAACUUAAAGGCAGUGUCCGAGCAAAUUCAAGGAUUCUGAGUUCUCAGAUUAUGGUGGCCGACCCCCGAACUAAGAUUCCCGAAGUUCAAGCGAAUUUCGCUGUGGUAAGCGAGAAUAUCCCUGCGGAAUUUAUGUCACUUCGCCCACUUUAG